AUGUCGUCUUUACAAUCUACGACAGUUGUGCAUCUGUUCCUGUGCAUACUUUUCAUCUGUAUAUUAGGCGGUGAAAGCAGUACCAAGUGCUAUCGGGACGAACUGGUUGGAGACAGGGAGGGUAACGUGUAUCACUGCGAAGACCCGGAUAAACCCGAAUGUUGUGAGGAAGAUCAGGAGUUUACCUGCUGUCAAACACAAUCUAGUAAAACACUGAAGGAGCAGUUUAUUCUAUGGGGUGGGGUCCUGACUGCCGUCAUACUCAUUACCGUCAUGCUGUGCUGGUUGUGCAAAGACUGGAACUGUUGCGCUUCAGACAAGUCAGUGAGAGAUCGUUGCUGCUGCACUAAAAGUGAUGAAUCUGACAAUGACCUCCUGGACGAUGAUGAUUACAGACGGAAGUGUCGUCCUUACCAGAUCUCCCCUUUCACGAGGACACUCCCGCCAGAUGAAGACCUUAAAAUUCAACCUGGAUCUUCGUCUGGAAGUAUGACUCAGUUUUAUUGA